AUGGCUGUCCUCGCCGGACUACUUGAAAGCCCUUACCUGGCCCAGAGCAUUUGUGCAGCUCUUUUAGGUGUCUUUAUUUUCGGUUUUUGGCGGGAUUUCAUCGAUGAACUUCCCUAUAGUAGGGUGCCUUUGGUUGGUAAGAAAUGGUGGAGCCUGUCCAACAAGAAAGCCAAGGCGCGUUUCACGAACGCAGCGCGGGCAUUGCUCGCAGAGGGGUUCGCUAAGGGUAUAAGUGUCUUCCAGGUUGUAGGGGGCACUCAGCCCCUCAUCGUACUGGACCCGAAGUAUAUUGAUGAGAUCAAGAGCCACCCGCACUUAGAUUUUCAACGAGCGACCACGAAGAACUUCUUCGAUGAUCGCAUCGCGGGCUUCGAAGCUUUCCAUCCCAAAGGAUCCAAAGCGGGCCAGAUUACGGUGGAUCUCGUGCGGGUGAAGCUGACCCAAGCCCUCGGAUCAUUGACAAUCCCACUCUCCAAAGAGACGGCAGCGACGGUGGAGGACAUCUUUCCGACUUCAAAUGAAUGGAAAACGUAUAACUUCUCCCAUGAGAUUCCAUACAUCCUCGCUCGGCUCUCCUCCCUCGCCUUCCUGGGUGAGCAUAUCUGCCGUGACAAAGACUGGGUCAACGUCUCCGUCCACUACACGCUCGAUGCCUUCGCUGCGGCCCGUGAGCUACGCAUGUGGCCGUCCACCCUUCGUCCAUUUGUGCACUGGUUCAUGCCAUCGGUCCGAAAACUCCGCCAGCAUAUGGUCGUGGCGCGUUCCAUUAUAAACCGCGAGAUUGAGAAACGGGCCCUGAUCCGCGAGGGAAAGCUGGCCCCAGAAGACCCUCCGCGCUCACAUGCCGACGCCCUUGACUGGCUUCAAGAAAUGUCGGCAGAGGGAAACACCCUGUGCGAUAUCUCCCGGUCACAAGUUGGCCUGGCGCUGGCGGCCAUCCAUACCACGUCUAACCUGAUGACCAACGUAAUAUACGACUUAGCAGCCUACCCCGAAUACAUUCAGCCUUUGCGCGACGAGAUCCGCACUGUCAUUGCCGAAGACGGCGUUCUGAAGAAGACCAGUUUAUUGAAGCUCAAGUUAAUGGAUAGUGUGAUGAAAGAGUCACAACGGAUCAACCCCGUGAGCAUUACUUCCCUGAACCGCUUCGCUGUCAAAGCCAUUCCUCUCUCUGAUGGAACGGUGAUUCCCCAGGGGGCCAUUAUUGCCGUCUCCGCACACGUCAACGAGGAUAACAGCAUCUACCCAAACGCAGCCACGUACGACGGCUUUCGCUUCUACAAGAAGCGGCAAGAGCCUGGGCACGAGCACCGUCAUCAGCUGGUGACAACGACGAGCGAGAGUUAUAACUUUGGCCAUGGCAUCCACGCCUGUCCGGGUCGCUUUUUUGCAGUCCACGAGGCAAAGAUCCUUCUUAUUCAUCUGCUGCUGAAAUACGACUGGAUGUUCAAGGAGGAUCACGGACGGCCGAACAGCAUUGAGCAUGGCACUGAAGUGAUUACGAAUCCGAUGAUUGAGAUAAUGUUCCGGUAUCGCGAGCCGGAGAUCGAUCUUGCUGCUCUUGGUGAAGUCAAUCUGGGGCAAUGA